GUAACUGUCGGCCUUGCUCUCUGUCACACAGCUAGCUCGUUUUCUUACACCGUUUCAGAUGUCACAUUUGCUUCUGGCUAUACCUUGCUUUGUGCUUUUAAGCGAUAUCGAUACAAAUAUUGUAAAGUUCCAAGUUAGGGCAUCUUUGUUUUAGUGAAACCUAUGAACUUGUGUUUUCAGUCUGGCUGUAGGAGAGAGUGAAGGCGGGCUCUUCGUAUAAGAUCGUCGGCAGAAAUGAAGAGCCAACAGAAAAGCCCUGAACCAGAUGGAAAUGUGACCAUCAACGAGGAAGUGUCAGUGGCCACAGCGGAGGACCCAGCAGCUAUUGCAACCAUUCAGUCUGCUGCUACCUUCACUGACCAACCAAUUAAGUAUCUCUUUAAGACAGAGGGAGCAGGCGGGCAGGUGACCUACAGAGUGAUCCAAGUGUCCGACAGCCAGUUGGAGGGUCAGACAGAGGGAGCUGCAGCAGUCAGCCUGGUCACUGGUUUCCCUGCAACUACACAGACAGUCACACAGGCGGUGUUCUCCCAGUCUGAUGGACUGGAGGGGGAUGGCAGCGCGGAGACACAGUACACCUACUAUCCUGCCACCAUCGCAGAUGCCACCACCGGCACUAUGGUGACCACAGUGCAGGCCUCUGACACACUGCUGGGCCAGACCACACCCACAGGGCAGCUUUAUGUGAUGAUGUCACCGCAGGAAGUUUUGACAGGUUCCAAUCAAAGGACAAUCGCACCUCGUACGCAGCCAUAUAUUGCAAAGCAAGAAGCUCCUCGGGCUUCCAGAGAUGAGAAACGACGAGCCCAGCACAAUGAAGUGGAGCGUCGGCGCAGGGACAAGAUCAACAACUGGAUUGUGCAGCUGUCAAAAGCUAUUCCAGACUGUAACAUUGACUACACCAAAUCAGGACAGGCUCUCUUGUCUCAGAGCAAAGGAGGAAUCUUGUCAAAAGCCUGUGAUUACAUCAAGGAACUCAGGCAGAGCAACCUGAAACUUGGGGAAGACAUCAGCACUCUUGAUCGGCUUAGGAUUGAUAACCAGUUGCUUAGGCAGGAGGUGGAAGACUGGAAGUCCAAGAAUCAGAUACUAAGGAACCUGCUGCGACAGCAUGGCAUUGUGGGAUCAUCCAGCACAGACCCCCAAUGAGAAGCCUGGGGUAUUGAAGACAACCAUGUAUGGGCCAAAAGAGUACUUGAAAUGCUUUGACAUACUUCAUUUGUGAUUUCUGCAUGACAUUUUGGGAAAUGAGGACUGUCCGAUAAAUAAUCAAAUCUAGCUUCUUUGCUAAAUAACAGCCUUUUAUUAUUGUCUUUAAAGCUUUGUACUACAUUUAAAUCAUUUGCCUGGGGAAUACAAAGCAAUUUUGAUAAAAUGAUGAAAAGAGAGGGAGUAAAUUAGCAACGGCUUUCACAAGUAUAGUGAAAUUAUUAUUUUUUUUUUUUAAAGAUUGUUUAGUAACCUCAAGUACAGUACACUCGAAAACAUGACCUACUGCUAAGGUCAGUGUGUCACUCAAAAGCUCUUUUAAGUACUGUGCUUGUAUGUAUCCCAGACACUCAUGACAAUGUCUGAGGAAAACACAUUGUAUCUAUGCUUUGGCUUGUUUUCAUCUCUUUCCAGUAUCAUUUUGACCAGUUGAUACCAUAGACUGUGUAAAUAUAUAUUUAUAUGCAGUCAUUGGUUGAUGCAGAGUUUGUCAUCCAGCUCAUGGAUCAGCUCUUAUGCUUUGUAUUUUUGUAUGUUUCAUGAGACCUCCUUGGGACAAUAAUUGCAUUGCAACAAUGUAACUAACAAAAUAAACAGGGGUUGGUAAGCAUUGCAUUGUAGGUAGGCUGUCUCUGUCUUUAUAAUAAAAAUAUUAAGCGAUUAACUUCA